AUGGAUGCUGCUUCACCAAUACCUCCUCGCCGUCUGCUUGGUAUACUGAAUCUCCGAAUACAACUCCAGGUGCUCCAGCAAAGACAUAUGGUUGUGCAGGCGUUACUUCUUCGUCGUCUACAAAGACAAAGAAGACAUAAAAGACGUUGGUGGGUUAAGCCAUGGAUUGAGAGGCGCAUGUUAUUUGGCCAGUAUGAAACAUUGAUGAGGGAGAUAGAGAGAGAAAGCCAGGGGGACUUUUUGAACUAUAUGAGAAUGCCACCAGUUAUGUUUUACGAGCUACUGCAGCGCAUUACUCCAAGAAUUCAGAAAAGUGAACGUUACAGACGGCCACUAGAACCUGGACUAAAGCUGGCAAUUACUAUCAGGUAUAUAGUGACAGGAAACAGCUACAAGAACCUCCAGUAUUCCUUCCGUGUAGCGCACAACACCAUAUCAAUGUUCAUCCCAGAGGUGUGCCAGGCCAUCAUUGACGAGUAUAAAGAGGAAGUGUUUGCCUUUCCAACUAACCCAGAUGAGUGGCGAGAAGUGGCAAAGAAAUAUAGUGAAAAAUGGAAUUUCCACCACACAUGCGGAGCCCUGGACGGAAAACAUGUUGCCAUAAGAAACCCACGUCCGUCUGGCACCCUCUACUACAACUACAAAGGAUUUUUCAGCAUCCUCCUUCUGGCCUUAGUCGACGCCGAUUACAAGUUUAUCUGGGCCGACGUUGGUACUCAGGGCUCCUCAUCAGACGCCCAGAUCUUCAACCAUGGCCCACUGAGAAAUGGACUGGAAAAUGACACUCUUGGCCUGCCAGAUCCAGAGCCCCUGCCACAUGAUGACAGGCCUAUCCCGUACUUUUUGGUAGGAGACGACGCAUUUCCCCUCAGGUCCUGGAUGAUGAAGCCCUACUCCAACCGCAACAUGACUAACGAAGAAAGGAUCUUCAAUUAUCGUCUGUCCAGGGCUCGUCGUGUGGUGGAGAACACCUUUGGCAUCCUUGCACACCGCUGGAGAUGCAUGCUGGGUACGAUGCAGCAGGAUCCAGACCGAGCCAAGAUCAUCGUCAUGGCUGCCAUAUGCCUGCACAACCUGACGAGACUCCGCUAUCCUGGCUUGCAGAACAACGACCUGGAUCAGGAAGAUGAAGCUGGAAACAACAUCCCCGGAGCAUGGAGAAACGACCGAGUUCUACAAGAUGUGGAAGCAGUUGGCAGAGGAAACUUGCCAAAUCGGGAUGGCAAGAGAAUCCGAACCUACCUGAAACAUUACUACAACAGCAACGUUGGGAGCUUGCCGUGGCAGCAUAAUAUGAUAUAG